AUGACGACGCGCGCGCGAUGGCGACGUCGCGCGUCGACGCUCGCGACGGUGGCGGCGAUCGGGUUAGGAUGGUCCUAUCUCGCCUCCGAGCGCGCGCGCGCGUGGCGAGCGCGUCUACGGGCGGUUUUGAAUGAUUUUGGUUUUGAAUCAGCGCCGGAUGCGCGCGAGGGGACUUUGGCGACGAAUGCGGGAGGUAUGACGGACGAUGAUUCGCGUGAAAACGAGUCUUCGGCGGAUGAUAAAUUAUCUCGAGAGAUGGCGCGGGUGAACGGGAUCACGAAGACGGUCGCGGCGCCGGGACGAAUGGCGGCGUUGCGGAGAGGAUUGAACGAGGCGCUGGGGCGGGAGAGCGAGACGCCGGAGGAAAAGUUGGGAAAGGCGUGCGUCGCGCUCGCGGCGGCGAGUGCGAUGGAGCUCCUGACGCGGACGACGGUGAAUUUAAUCGCGAGGAGGGGGUUUUUAGAUAGAGAGAGUGGGGUAACGCGGGAGACGUUGGAUGACACGUCGCGCGCGGCGUUUUUGCAAGCGACGAGCGUGUACUUCUUUGCGAGCGGUGUUCGUGAGCUCACAUCGAUUGCGCGGGCAAUCGUCGAGCGCGAGUUGGAAGAUUUCGGCAGAGAAUCGUGGACUAGGGAGGACACGAUCGAUUUCAUGCGGAGGUGUCGAGAGACGAUGAGUCGGGCGCUCUUGGUGCCGAGCGACGUGUUCAGCGAUCCGAAAGCGCUUCCAUUCGAGCGGAAGAACCGCCUUCACGUCAUGGCGCCGCGCGCGUUUCCGUCGUGGGAGUCCAUGCUGUUACCGCCGAAGAAUCCCGAUUUCAACGAAAUUCUAGGCCCCGCUCCAAAGGAUGACGCCGAUGGGCACGAGCUGCAGGUUCGUAAUCUGCGAGACGUAAUGAACGAGACACGGCUUGUUGUGCGUUCACCGCACUUCGUCGUCGCGAUGAACGACGCCAUGCACGCAGCGUGGCGCGCGCACGCUGACGCGCUUCCGCGAGAGUUGUUCGGGGGUACGCGCAGCUCGACAAUCGACGUUGUGGACGCCGCCCAUGUAGUUGACGCGACGACGGAGCGCAUCGCGAGCGACGCAACGUUGUUGGCCGCCAUCGCAAACGAAUCGGGUGUCGUUUUUUUUGGUGAUGCGAUUUGGUGA